ACCGCUAGCGCGUUGUGGAACACAUAGUUCAUUAUUUUCCAUUCAUGAAUUAUCCGUUACAUACUGUAUAUUUUGAAUGAGUUUAACCACCUUGCAAUGUUUGGAAAUGCGGGCUUUUAUUUUUAUGGUUUGCAUUACCAUAGAGAGGUGACAUUAUCGUUAGUGCUGCUAGCAAAAUAGUAGUGUACAGUAGUUGUCAGGGGAAUGGCGUGUUGUCCGUCUCAAAACAAACGCCACGAAGAUAUUUGUGGCAGAAAUGAGAGGUCGGACGCAUAUUUUUUUUGUUUUUCAAUGCAAAUAGAUGAUCACUGCACCAAAAACCUUCGAAUGUAUAAAUCGCACACCUUUUGAUAUGGUUCUUUCCCCUCUAUUUUUGGAGGUGCGCAGCACGGACUGUUGAAACCGCAACGUGAACCAGAGACGUUGGAUGCAGUCCUGGUCCAAAAGGUACUCAGAACAACAAACCCGUGAUAAGCUUAUGGUCCAUCAUCAUAUCAGGUCAAAUAUGAUUGAACCACAGGACUGCGACGACAGUGAUGAACAUGAUGAAGCCGUUCCAUUACCAACCCUACCCCCUAUGCCACGAGAGCGAGUCCCGUUGCAGAGGAGCAACGUGUGCUCCCGCUCUUACUUCAUGGUGGUAAUGGUCUUUUUCCAUGUAUACAUCAUCAAUGUCAUUGCGCUACUCCUCUACGUGCACUACAACAACAGCCCUGGAGAGGUACUGGCCACCCCGAAGGCAAGCGGUGGAAGCAAUCAUCACAAGCCCCCCGAGUUCAAUCAGCAACAGUCAGAUUCUGGCUUUCAGCAGCAUAUGUACCUUCCACGCCUAGAGGGCAUACGGGUGGGCCAUGUCCAGAAGUUGUCACUGGUGCCAGGCAAUGUGCAUGAGAUGCGGACCCUGAGUCUGAAGCCCCUGCUGUUUGAGAUCCCAGGGUUCCUGUCUGAAGAGGAGUGUCGUGUGGUGGUGCAGCUGGCCCAGCUGAAGGGCCUGAUGGAGAGCCAGGUGAUGGUGCCUGAGGGACAGGAGGAGCUGACGGAGCAGCUCAACCUCAGCCCUGAGGAGAUCUUCAACCUGCUAGACCUCAACCAGGACGGACAGCUACAACUCCAGGAGAUAUUGACACAUUCACGAGUGAGGGAUGGGAUCUGGCUGACACCAGAGAAUCUGAAAGAGAUCUAUGCUGGACUGAAGGCUGACCCUGACGGUAACGGCUUGCUGAGCCUGGAGGAGUUCAGGCGUCUGGGCAGUGAUGCGUUCCAGCGUUUCUUGCAGCAGCGCGGAGUGAAGAGCAGCCAGCUGGUCAGGAACAGCAGACACACCUGGCUGUACCAGGGACAGGGGGCACACCAGGUUCUCCGAGACCUCAAGAAGAGGGUGGCCCGUCUGACCCGGAUGCCCUCUGCGUUGGUGGACCUGAGUGAGCCCCUCCAGGUGGUACGUUAUGAGCACGGAGGCCACUACCACGCCCACCACGACAGCGGCCCUGUCUACCCUGAGACCGCCUGCACGCACACGCGCCUCGCCGCCAACACCUCCACACCCUUCGAGACCUCCUGCAGGUACAUCACCGUUCUCUUCUACCUGAACUCGGUUGAGGGGGGCGGGGAGACCGCGUUCCCUGUGGCAGACAACAGGACCUAUGAGGAAGUGUCUCUGAUCCAGAACAAUGUGGAUCUAAUGGACACGAGGAAGAACUGUGAUAGGAGCAACCUAAGGGUAAAGCCUACUAAAGGGACAGCCGUGUUCUGGUACAACUACCUUUCUGACGGACAAGGCUGGGUGGGGGAGCAGGAUGAGUACUCUCUGCACGGCGGCUGUGUGGUCACCCGCGGCACUAAGUGGGUGGCCAAUAACUGGAUCAACAUCGACCCAGACUACCAGCGCCAGGCUCGCUACCAGCAGCUGGUGUCACAGCAGGGGGAAGAGAAAGAGGGGGGGGAGGGGGAGGACGAGGGGGAGGGAGAGCAGUCUCAGCCCCGCUCUGAACAACUGCAAACUGCUGACUCCCAUCAGGAACUGUAGCUGUACUGCUGUAGCCGAAACCGAAAAAAAAUGACCUCCCCUUAGGUCCACUAAUUACACUAGUUCCAAUCUCAGAAGAGUUAUGGGUGGUCCAGACUUUGUAGUUAGUGGGCCUAGACCUCCCCCACCCCUCUUCUUCAGCCUAAAGCUACCACAAAGAUACCUCUCUACCCACCUCCCCAACCUAACUUGACUCUGCCAUGCUGUGCACAACCUCCCAUGACGACACCUCUGCGGCCAGUACAUAGAGAGAUAGUUGAUAUUCAGGGACUGUGGUAAACUUUGGAUUUAUGCAACUGAGAAGGGGUCUAAUGUUGUUGUUCAGAUGUCCUUGUUUGUUCAUUAUUAGUUGUGUUUUCUCAGCUGAAUUUAUGCAUACUUCCAAACUUCGUUUACGUUAUAUACUUAUGCACAAUUUUACCUUCUGUGUGUCACAAAACAUUAGUGUUAUAUUUUUUUGUGAGUGAGACUGACGCUCUGAUACACACAUUGCGGAGGGGGGGCGGGGGUCGACUAUGCUACUACUUGCAUGUACGUACCUUCGUAUGAGCUGUUAGGUUAGACUUUAUACAUGUUAUUAGUGUGUCAUGAUAGCCAUAGACUGUCAGCUGUAAUCCUCGUUUUCUUUUAGCUUGACGAUGUCUGUCAUCACCCAAAGACCCCCCCCAUCCAUGUGAUGAAGCAUGUUAACUGUUAUUUAAGUGUUGCACAAAUUUACUUCAUUAUUUUAUUUGUUAGUUUGUUUAUUUAUUCGACAUUCUUUAUGUAUAUACAAUACCAGUCAAAAGUUUGGACAAACCUACUCAUUCAAGGGUUUUUCUUUAUUUUGACUAUUUUCUACAUUGUAGAAUAAUAGUGAAGACAUCAAAACUAUGAAAUAACACAAAUAGAAUCAUGUAGUAACCAAAAAAGUGUUUAACAAAUCAAAAUAUGUUUUAUAUUUUACAUUUUUCAAAGUAGCCACCCUUUGCCUUGAUGACAGCUUUGCACACUCUUGGCAUUCUCUCAACCAGCUUCAUGAGGUAGUCACCUGGAAUGCAUUUCAAUUAGUUGUUGCAACAAGGUAGGGGUGGUAUACAGAAGAUAGCCCUAUUUGGUAAAAUACCAAAUCCAUAUUAUAGCAAGAACAGCUCAAAGAAGCAAAGAGAAACAUCCAUCUAUAAUUAUUUUAAGACAUGAAGGUCAGUCAACACGGAACAUUUCAGGAACUUUGAAAGUUUAUUUAAGUGCAGUCCAAAAAAAACAUCAACACUAUGGUGAAACUGGCUCUCAUGAGGACCGCCACAGGAAAGGAAGAUCCAGAGUUUCCUCUGCUGUAGAUGACAAGUUCAUUAGAGUUACCAGCCUCAGAAAUUGCAGCCCAAAUAAAUGCUUCACAGAGUUCAAGUAUCAGACACAUCUCAACAUCAACUGUUCAGAGGAGACUGUAAAUCAGGCCCCCAUGGUUGAAUUGCUGCAAAUAAACCCCUACUAAAGGACACCAAUGAGAAGAAGAGACUUGCUUGGGCCAAGAAACACGAGCAAUGGACUUUAGACUGGUGGAAAUCUGUCCUUUGGUCUGAUGAGUCCAAAUUUGCGAUUUUUGGUUACAACCGCCGUGUCUUUGUGAGACGCUGAGUAGGUGAACGGAUCUCUGCGUGUGUGUUUCCCACUUGAAGCAUAGAGGAGGAGGUGUGAUGGUGUGUGGGUGCUUUGCUGGUGACACUGUCAGUGAUUUCUUUAGAAUUCAAGGCACACUUAACCAGCAUGGCUACCACAGUAUUCUGCAGAAAUACGCCAUCCCAUCUGGUUUGUGCUUAGUGGGACUAUCAUUUGUUUUUCAACAGGGCAAUGAACCAACACACAUCCAGGCUGUGUAAAGGCUUUUUGACCAAGAAGGAGAGUGAUGGAGUGCUGCACCAGAUGAUCUGGCCUCCACAAUCACCCGACCUCAACCCAAUUGAGAUGGUUAGGGAUGAGUUGGACCGCAGAGUGAAGGAUAAGCAGCCAACAAGUGCUCAGCAUAUGUGGGAACUCCCUUAAGAUUGUUGGAAAAGUAUUCCAGGUGAAACUGGUUGAAAGAAUGCCAAGAGUCUGCUAAGCUGUCAUCAAGGAAAAGGGUGGCUACUUUGAAAAAUCUAAAAUGUAAAAUAUAUGACUGGUACUGUAUAUAUGUAUGCUUGUGUCACUUGCAUCCAUUAUUUCUCGUCCUACUACAGGUAUUGAAUUUCUAUUUAUUUUAAGUAUUAUUUAUUACUUAUUUAUUCCAAAUGUUUCACUUUCCAUGUUGUGUUGUUCACCUUGUUUGGUGUUUGUUUCCAAAUGCACUGAAUCACUUUCCUCUGCUCCAAAUAAAGUUUACUUUAGAUUUUGAA